UUGAACGUCAUCGGUGUGCUUAGGCUAUCGCCAAGGCAAAAAAUGUCUGCCUAAGGGAAACUCACAACUUGGAUAUUUUUUUUUUUGCACGAGAAAAAUAAAUAAAUAAUAAAACACGCACAGACAGAGACUUCACUAAGGUCGAGACGCGAGUCAAAGCAAGAAACGAGUCCUGUGCUACACCACCGCCGCCCCUAGUCGGAUAUUAAACCCGAGAGAGAGAGAGAGAGAGAGAGAGAGAAAAAGAGUCGUUAGGAUCGUCAGGAUGAAUCCUCAGCAGCGGAUCACCGCUAUCGGGACGGAUAAGGAGCUGAGUGACCUGCUGGAUUUCAGUGCAAUGUUUUCACCGCCGGUGAGCAGUGGGAAAAACAGGCCUACGACUCUCGGGAGCAGCCAGUUCAGUGCACCAGGUAUAGAUGAGAGGACAACCGAGGCGUCUUGGACCGCAGGUGGCCAGUCCAGCCCUCCCUAUGAUGAGUCCUCGAGGGGUUUCGCAGACAGCCCUCAUUAUGGUGAUCACUUGAGUGACAGUCGAUUAGUGUCCCAUGAAGGAUUGUCCCCGACACCUUUCAUGAGCUCCAGCAUAAUGGGUAAAUCGGAGAGAUCUUCUUUUUCUGCGUAUGGGAGAGAGCCAGGGGUCUCGGGAUGUCAGUCUACUCUGCGCCCAGACAUGGGGUUGACCAGUCCAGGGCCUGCGACCACUGCCGGGAAGUCAGCAGCUCCUUUUUAUUCCUUCACAGGCUCCAAUCCGCGACGACGUGCCCUCCAGGACUCUUCUCCACUGGAUCCUUUACAGACAAAGAAAGUGCGCAAGGUUCCCCCCGGCCUGCCGACAUCUGUGUACGCGCCGUCACCAAACUCAGACGACUUCAACAGGGAGUCUCCUUCCUAUCCGUCCUCCAAACCCCCCAGCAGUAUGUUCGCUAAUACGUUCUUUGACGCAAGCCACAACUCCUCGGACCCAUGGAACUCUUCCAACGGUAUAAGCCAGCCGGCUUAUGGGGGAAUUCUGGGAGGAUCUUCAUCUCACAUGCCGCAGUCUGGAAACUACAGCCUGCACUCUCACGAGCGCCUGAACUACCCACCACACACAGUGUCUCCUACGGACAUCAAUCCAAGCCUGCCGCCCAUGUCCAGCUUCCACCGCAGCACCGCUAGCAGCUCGCCCUUCGUCACCGCGUCCCACACGCCACCCGUAAACACCACAGAGGGGGUCAUGGCUGCAGCCAACAGAGGGAACGCGACAGGAAGCUCUCAGACCGGAGAUGCGCUGGGGAAAGCACUCGCUUCGAUUUACUCUCCUGACCACACAAGCAGUAGUUUCCCCUCCAACCCGUCGACCCCGGUGGGCUCACCCUCUCCGCUCACGGCUCAAGCAGGCGCCGGGUCCGCAGGUACCGUGGUGACUGCUAGCGGCCCCCCUGGAAGGGCAGGUUCUACUCAGUGGCCUCGUGCAGCUGGACAGACCCCGUCUUCCCCGAGUUAUGAGAACUCUCUUCACUCUCUGAAAAAUCGUGUGCAUCAGCAGCUGCAUGAGCAUCUCCAGGAUGCCAUGUCCUUCUUAAAGGAUGUUUGUGAGUCUCGGAUGGAGGAUCGUUUGGACAGACUAGAUGAUGCUAUCCAUGUCCUCCGGAACCACGCGGUAGGUUCCACCUCCUCUCUGCCCAGCGACAUCCACAGCCUGCUGGGACAGACGCACAACGGACCAAUCGCUGCCAUCGGCGGCAGCUUCCCCGCGUCCGGAUUGGUCACCAGCAGGACAGCAUCUAUGGGUCCUGCACAUCGUGAAGAGACGGUCAGUCUGAACUCAAACCACACAGGGCUGCAGAGCACCUCCGGGACGGCCUCCGGCUCCGAGCUCAAUCACCAGGCUGAUACUUUCAGAGGACUCUCAGGAAGCCUGGCAUCUCAGGUGGCUUCAGUUCUGGAGCUUAAAAUUGAGAAUCAGGACAAAGAUGACAUGCAUGAUAACCAUUCCUCCGAUGACAUCAAGUCUGAUGACGAGAGUGACAAAAGGGACAUUAAGACGCCUAGAGGAGGAACUCGAACAAGCAGCAUUAACGAGGAUGAGGACCUGAACCCGGAGCAGAAGGCCGAGCGUGAACGUGAGAGGAGAAUGGCCAAUAACGCACGAGAGCGCCUGAGAGUCCGAGACAUCAACGAGGCGUUUAAGGAGCUGGGCCGCAUGUGCCAGCUGCAUCUGAAGAGCGAGAAGCCCCAGACCAAACUGCUCAUUCUGCACCAGGCGGUCGCGGUCAUCCUCAGCCUGGAGCAGCAAGUCAGGGAGCGGAACCUGAACCCCAAAGCAGCCUGCCUUAAGAGGAGAGAGGAGGAGAAGGUUUCUGGCGUUUCGGGGGAACCACAGCAGACUCAUUCAUCUGUUCACCCCGGGCUUACAGACACAUCCAACCCCAUGGGGCAUCUGUGAGCACUAGGCAGAUGGAAGUGAAUGCCGACGGAGCGUGUAAGAUUGCGUUGGUGACUUUGCUUUCCAAGCGCAGACAGGACUCGCAGCUUGUGACACGAAUUUGAAAAGACAGAGACCACUCCAAGCUAAAUUCCAGCCGAGCGAAGCCUGAGCUCGAAGAAAACUGGCAAAUGCCAAACUUCCUCCAAAAGUCCAAAAUUGUAUAGCGAAUUUCUGCCCUACGAGAAACACACUUACAAAACAACAACAACAAAACACACCCCCCCCGAAAGCUCUUUAAGCACAUAUCGCUGUCUGCGAUGCAGCGUGUCACAUCUGUACAAUCAGAGACUGUCGCAGUCCCCCUCCACCCUCCACGUGGAAGUUGCAUUGUGCCUAAAACUGAAUUGACGAAUGCAUUGUAACAGCAAUUUUUUUUAUCUUUUUUUUUUCUUAUUGGUUUGUUUUGUUUCAUUUUGUUUCCUAUUUAUUAUGUUACUGAACUCUUAUGUUUUAAAGGGAAAGUUACGACUUUAAGAAGAAGCUGUUUGGCAUUUCAGUAGAUCUUCAGUUUGCCAAGCCGAGCGAUUCUCCAUGGAAACGACUCAUCCGGAUCGGAUCGUCCUCGCGUCCGUGGCGUCUCAAACGAUCAAAGUAUCAAACGGUCCUCCCCCCCUUUUUUUGUCUAAAAAGAAUAAUAUAUUAUUUAUAUUUAUGAUCGAUCCAUUCUACAGAACAACAGCACGAAAAAACCAAAACUACCUAUAACGAUGCGUGUUUAGUCGAGACUCCAGGACCCAGGCGUUUUUUCUGUCUUUUUCUGUCCAACAGACUUAAAGUCCCGGAUGGCAAACUGGAGCUUUACUGAAAAGUCAGAGGUCAACCACAAGGCAGACAUGUUUAUAGUCAUUAGUGCGUAGUUCAAACCCAGAGAGCAGAGCAGCUCCUAGACCUCCCCCAGCAUUCCCUACAUACUUCAUAGUGUCUUAACUGAAGGAACGAAGGAACCGACCGCGGCUCCUUCGAACUCUUCAGCCAUAUAGUGUUAAACGGGAAGAAAUAAAAACACGGCAUAUUUCCAUUUAUAGCAGUUCGUUGGGAUUUUUUUUCCCGAUGUUACAUUAUUUGGUCUCUGCUCAGUCGGACGGCGUCGGCCCUCGAGCUGAGAAUUUAGUCGCAGGCGGAGUAGACUCGAAAACAAACGAUGACCACAGCAUCGUCUGGCCUGAAUCGAAGUUUUGCUUUGAAUUUCUUUUUUGUCUGAAAGCAGUAACAUUUUUUUUUUAAAAGACAAAAAAAAAGACCAUUACUCGAAGUAACCACGACGUUAUAUGUUUAUUUGUAAUUGUAUACAAAGCAUCUUUCUAGGCUUCAUAGUAAAGCGUAUACUGUCCUGUGUGAGAAUAGAAGAAAGAUAUUCUAAGUUACUUAGGAUGGAUUUUCCCCCAAAGCAGUGAAGUACUUGAUACAGUGAUCAGAAUGUGUGUGUGUGUGUGUGUGUGUGUGUGUGUGUGUGUGUGUGUGUGUGUGUGUGUGUGUGUGUGUGUGUGUGUGUGUGUGUGUGAGAGGGUGAUGUCCAAACUAGGAACGCUGUGACGACAAAAAUCAGCACCCAGGUGAAACCAUGAACACAAACAUUUCUUUUUUUUUUUUUUCAACAUCAAUUGUUUUGUGUGUAUUUUUAUUUCCUUAUUGGUCUUAAUUAUUUCUCUUUUCUUUCCCCUUCCUCUCGCCAUCCCUCCAUCCUUCCGACUCGUCUUCCGUCUGCACGUUCAAACAUAACUGCCACAUUAGAAAGACAAAGUCUGAAGAACAAACAAACAAACAAGCCUGUCUAAUCAGCACAUCGAACCCUCCAUCCCUUCUUUCUUUUCUUUCCAUCCUUCUCUUUUUUUUACUUCCCUCCUCCCCGAAAAAUCCUCAUGGUAGCUGUAUUGGUCUUCGUGACCUUGUUCUACAUUUCAGUAUUGAAGAGCUCGUGGUGGUGUUGCUGGCUGGCUGAAGCCCAUCGAGUGUUCUGUCAUUUUUCUUUUUUUUUUUUCUUUUUCCAGCUUUCUGCGUUUUUUUUUCUUGCUUUUUUUGUUCCUUCGCUCCUCUGUUGUUUAUGUUAGAUAUGUUUGUUAUAACGCCAUGACGCUUUCCCUCUAUAAAAAAAAAAGAAAAAAAAAAAGAAGUAUAUAAAAAAAAAAGGAAAAAAAAAACAUUUGGCUUAUUUUUCACUGUAGUUAGCCUUUUAUACGAUACUAUUGUAAGAACAUUUCUUGAAUUCUAAAUAUUACUCUUUCUAGAUUUUUGAAAUCGAAAAAGUUUUGAGUAAAAAGUUUCUUACUUUAUUUUACUAUAUUAGAUAGUAAAGGAAAAAAAAAACCAAACACACACACAUGCAAAUGUACGGUUAUUUCCCAAAACUGAGAAUUUAUGAAUAGCAUCUUCAAAGUGCAGAAGCUAGUAGGAGUGGUGUGUGUGUGUGUGUGUGUGUGUGUGUGUGUGUGUGUGUGUGUGUGUGUGUGUGUGUGUGUGUGUGUGUGUGUGUGUACGAGCUCCAUGUUCUAUAGGAUGUGCUCUGGCUCCAGUUUUUGCGUUGUUGGUGGAUGAACAGAUUUGUACUCCUGUAACCCCCAAAAAUUCAAGGUAUUGAAGAAUGAAAGAAAACCAGCAGCAAAGAAGUAAAAAAAAACAAAAAAUUCUGUCUCUGUAACAGAAAACACAAAUAUGUAUAUAACAUUUAUGUAGCAAUAAAUGUGCCAUCUUUUUUUUAA